ACACUCCGCAAGUCACGUGACCUCCCUACUCCCCUCCAUUCUUCAUAGUUCCAUUCUUCCAUUAUCAUUUCUCACUAUUAUUUAUUUGCUUCACGAUCGCACAAGAUUUGUAAGAGAGAGUGAGAACCUGUAUUCUAUCGUGUAGAAGGUACUAGAACAUUGCUUUGAGAGGAACAAUAACGAUGAAGAAAUGGACUCUAACGUCCGCCAUUUUUUUCUUGUGCCUUCUCUUUCUUCUUCCGGAUCAAGGUAGGAGAAUUCAGGCAAAUGCUGAAGGUGAUUCGGAUGAAUUAGCAAACCCCCCUAAGGUAGAGGAGAAGCUUGGAGCUGUUCCUAAUGGGUUAUCGACUGAUUCCGAUGUUGUUAAAAGGGAAUCGGAAUCCAUGUCGAAGAAGACGCUUCGUAAUAGUGCGGAGAAAUUCGAGUUUCAGGCUGAGGUUUCUCGGCUUAUGGAUAUCAUCAUUAACUCUCUUUAUAGUAACAAAGACAUUUUCUUGAGAGAGCUUAUUUCUAAUGCCUCAGAUGCCUUAGAUAAGAUUCGGUUCUUGUCACUCACUGAUAAGGAGGUUCUUGGCGAAGGCGACAAUGCAAAACUUGAGAUUUUGAUUAAAUUGGAUAAAGAGAAGAAAAUUCUUUCGAUUCGAGAUAGAGGUAUAGGAAUGACCAAGGAGGAUCUCAUUAAGAACCUUGGAACCAUUGCAAAAUCUGGCACUUCAGCCUUUGUGGAGAAAAUGCAAACAAGUGGAGACCUUAACUUAAUUGGUCAGUUCGGAGUUGGGUUUUACUCUGUGUAUCUUGUUGCCGAUUAUGUGGAAGUAAUCAGCAAACACAACGAUGACAAACAACAUGUUUGGGAAUCAAAGGCUGAUGGGCAGUUUGCAAUUUCCGAGGACACUUGGAAUGAACCUUUAGGUCGUGGUACUGAGAUAAGGUUGCACCUCCGAGAGGAAGCUGGAGAAUACUUAGAGGAGGCCAAAUUGAAGGAUUUAGUUAAGAGAUAUUCCGAAUUCAUCAAUUUCCCUAUAUAUCUGUGGGCAACCAAGGAGGUCGAAACAGAGGUUCCAGCAGAUGAUGAUGAUGAGUCUAGCGAUGAAGAGGAAACCACGGAAAGCACUUCUGAGGAAGAAACGGAAGAGAAAGAAGAUGAAUCCGAGAAGAAACCAAAGACUAAAACAAUUAAAGAAACAACUUAUGAAUGGGAACUUUUGAAUGAUGUGAAGGCUAUAUGGUUACGUAACCCAAAGGAGGUCACUGAUGAAGAAUACACAAAAUUCUAUCAUUCAUUGGCAAAAGAUUUCGGUGAUGAAAAACCUAUGGCGUGGAGCCACUUUACUGCUGAAGGUGAUGUUGAGUUCAAGGCUGUUCUUUUUGUUCCUCCGAAAGCUCCUCAUGAUUUGUAUGAGAGCUACUACAACAACAACAAAGCCAAUAUCAAGUUAUACGUUAGGCGUGUGUUCAUCUCUGAUGAAUUUGAUGAACUUUUGCCCAAGUAUCUCAACUUCUUGAGGGGUCUUGUUGAUUCGGACACGCUCCCACUGAAUGUCUCUCGAGAAAUGCUUCAACAACACAGUAGCUUGAAAACAAUCAAGAAGAAACUAAUUAGGAAGGCCCUUGACAUGAUUCGCAAGAUUGCUGAUGAGGAUCCUGAUGAAAAUGAAGGCAAGGACAAAAAGGAUGUUGAGAAGUCUUCGGAUGAUGAGAAGAAGGGUCAGUACGCCAAGUUCUGGAAUGAGUUUGGCAAGUCAAUUAAACUUGGAAUUAUAGAGGAUGCUGCCAACAGGAACCGUCUGGCCAAGCUACUAAGAGUUGAAACUACAAAAUCUGGUGGCAAAUUAACUUCCCUUGAUCAGUACAUCUCAAGAAUGAAAUCUGGGCAAAAGGAUAUUUUCUACAUAACAGGAACCAACAAGGAACAGUUGGAAAAAUCUCCAUUCCUUGAAAGGCUUACCAAGAAAGGUUAUGAGGUUAUUUUCUUCACUGAUCCCGUGGAUGAGUAUCUGAUGCAAUAUCUAAUGGACUAUGAAGACAAGAAGUUUCAAAAUGUUUCCAAGGAAGGUCUUAAACUCGGGAAGGACUCAAAAGACAAGGAGCUCAAGGAGUCUUUCAAGGAGCUGACUAAGUGGUGGAAAGGUGCUCUUGCUGUCGACAAGGUGGAUGAUGUCAAGAUAAGCAACCGUUUGGCAGACACCCCUUGUGUUGUUGUGACAUCAAAAUUUGGGUGGAGUGCUAACAUGGAGAGAAUCAUGCAAUCACAAACACUCAGUGAUGCGAAUAAGCAGGCAUACAUGAAGGGUAAGAGGGUCCUCGAGAUCAAUCCUAGACACCCGAUCAUUAAAGAGCUUCGUGAGCGGGUGGCAACUGAUCCAGAGGAUGAUAGUGUCAAGCAAACAGCACGACUCAUGUACCAGACAGCUCUAUUCGAGAGUGGUUUCCUGCUAGACGACCCCAAAGAUUUUGCUUCUCGUGUGUAUGAUUCUGUGAAGUCGAGCCUCAGCAUCAGUCCUGAUGCUGCAGUCGAGGAAGAAGAUGAUACAGAAGAGGUAGAAACCGAAACAAAGGAUGAUUCUUCAUCCAAGACCGAAGCUGACGACGGUGUGAAGGAUGAAUUAUAGAUGCUUAAAAAUAACCUGAUUAAAUGAUCAUAUCAUGGUUUCUUUAACUUCCAUCUUGAGAGUAGCUUUUUUGCUGGGUAUUUGCACUUCUAAAAUUUCAGGAAAAAGAAAGAAUUCAUUAGAUUUGUGAACAUAUAUUAAACAGAAUUUUGUUUUACCAUCAUAGAUUUAUUAUAAGGAUUAGUUCAAAUGUUUUUGGGUAUUUUUGAGAAUUCUGUGUUUGAAGCUU